GAAACACAAGACGCUCAUCUAGUGAAUGAGAGCCACUCACUCUCACACACACACACAGUCAGUCUCUCACUGGAGAUCUUCACCAGCGGACUGAGUCUGGAGUAUAGCGGGACUUUCACGUCUUCAGCUGGCUAAACAGGAUCUUUGGAAGGCAGGAUGGAAAACACGUGUGAGAAGAAAGAAGCUCAUAUAGGUUUGGAACAACUUGAGGGUGUGGAAGCGGUGAGGAGACGCAGUAAACCCGGCACAGUAGAGACUGCGGCUGAAGCCUCGAAACACGCUGGCCCUUGACCCUGCGAUGCCCACCGAGCUGUUGAAGGACACCAUGACGAUCCCCGGAGCUCCUGAGCGAAUCCUGCAAGAGAAAACCAACAACAAUGAGCUUCCUCAACCACAGCCACUGACCAUCAUUAUCCCGCUGGUGAACGAGGGGCAGCUGACGGCGGCCACCGGUGGAGCCGAGCUGUCCUGCUACCGCUGCACCGUGCCAUUUGGCGUGGUGGUCCUGAUCGCAGGGAUUGUGGUGACUGCCGUCGCGUACAGCUUCAACUCACACGGCUCUACCAUAUCUUACUUCGGACUGGUGCUGCUCUCGGCUGGGCUGGUGCUGCUCGCCCUGAGCGCCGUUUGCUGGAAGGUGCGGAUGGAGAGAAAGAAAGAGAGAAGACGAGAGAGUCAAACAGCACUGAUGGCCCAUCAGAGAAGCAUCUUCGCCUGAUUCGACAUGGGCGAGACCUCAGAAAUGAGUCAAAGCAUCACAUUUGAGACAAUGGUCAGAUGUUUUGCCUUAGGUCAAACUCUAAAAAAAUGGAUGACACGUCUCCAAUUCCUUGCAUUGUAGAAAAGUGAAGCCAAAAUGUCCCAUUGUCAUCUUGCGUUGAUGACGUCACUGACGUCAAAUAACUAAGAAAAGCAAACUUUUUCAACUCUUGAACAUACAUCAGAGUGAUAAGAACUGCCUCAAAGAUGGAAACUGUCUUUGGGAAAAAUUUAUUUGAAGUAUAAUUUUUUAGUUCAGCUCAUAUCUUAUUGGUUUACAUGGAAAGGGUGGGCUUUAUGACCUAUACUGCCGCCAGCUACCAGCGGGCGAUGGAUAAAAAAGAGAGAAGACAAGAGACUCAAACUGCACUGAUGGCCCAUCAGAGGAACAUCUUUGCCUGAUUCAACAUAAGCGCAAACUCUAAAACCUUCAAUGCGUCCGAUUUGGGACAGUGUACAGAUUUUUGCCUCAGGUCGGACCAUAGACUGUAAAAAAGAUGGAUGACUUGUUUCCGCUUCCUUCCAUUGUAGAAAAGUGAAGCCAAAAUGUCCCGUCGUCAUCGUGCGCUGAUGGCAUCAUUGACGCCACACCCUGUUUGUAUAGUGUCGAAUAAAUAACUAAAACCAAACUUUUUAUAAAAAUGAACACUUGAACAUACAUCAGAGUGAUCAGAACUACCUAUAAAGAUGCAAACUGUCUUUGGGAAUUGUUUUUUUUUAAAUAAAUGUAAUUUUAUUUUUUA